UCAGUUGCUGUGUUGGCCACUCUGGCUGGCCAGCGAGUGCCAUGGAAUCUCUUGUCUCUGUCUUCAUAGUGCUGGCAUUAUAGGCGUGUACCAUCAGGCCCACAUUUGACAUUCAGGGGAGCGAACUCAGGUUUUCAUGCAAAGCAGGUGUUACCUCCCAAAGUAUAGAUUUUAAUUAAAUUUUUUAUGUGUAUAAGUGUUUUGCCUCCUUGUAUGCAUUGAUGUCUGAACAGAAAGGGGAUGGGGUAUAGGUGAGCCUGGUCGGAGCCAGCCGCUCAGGUGUGUCCAUGGGAAUACCAGGCACAGUGACUUCUCAUGGCCCUGGGCAUCUUUACCAGCAUCCUGAGGCAGUGCUGUCCACUGAGGUGGCUCCAGUGUCUGGUGUGGCCUGGCAUUUCUGGAUCUUUUUGGAACUCAGCAUUCUGGGGUGGCCUGCCCUACUUUUGAAGAUGGUCCCAUUCAGGUCUGAGAUACUAACAGGGCAGAUAUGGAGUGUCAUGAUGGUGAAAGAUCUUAGGAAUGAAUUCUUGAAAACCACAGUGGACCUACUGCUACUCAACAGCUAACAGUACUCGCUGCCAAGCCCGAUGAUCUAGUCUGAUCCCUGAGACCCAGUGGGGAGGAAGGAGAGAAACUGACUCCUGCUAGGUGUCCUCCACCCUCCACACGUUUGACAUGACAUGCACCCCCACUCCACAAAUAAAUAAAACAUAAUCAAGAGAAACAUAACUGCCCAGCGUUUGAGAUUCACUGGACUGGUUCUCUGUAGACAUGGACUGGAUUAGUUGCUGUAGGACCCUUGGGGCUGUCCCCUUAGGCUCUAGGCGUCAGGCCAGGUGAAGCUGGACUGAGUCAGUGACAUCGCUGGGGUAGUAGGACCCUGUGAGUCUCCAAGGUGAUGACAUUUCAGCCAUUCUUACUCUCUUCUCCUUGAACUUGAAGGAGUGUCACCUUGUACGUCACCUGUGCUGACCUAGUGAUGAGCGGGACUCUACCCCCCCAACUGGCUGAGAUUUUCACAACACCCUGGAGUCAGACGAAGCAAGACACUCUUCCAUCCUGCACCCCACCUGCCUCCCGCAGCUGCACAGGUGCCUGUGGUCUGACAGCGCCUCGGCCUGACCUGCCUCAUGUGUGCUGAGGGCUGGGCCACACAGAGGCUCUCUCCUAGGGCUGAUGGCUGCCCUUCACACUACUCCAGACUCCCGAGCUACCCAGCUGGAGCCUGCAGAAGAUGGGUCAAAAUGCGAUGCUGACCCUGACGAGGAUGGGGAUGAGGAGGAGAAGGGGAGAGAGGAGGCAGAGGGGGAGGAAAAAGCAGAAGAGGUAGUAGUGGAAGAGGAGGAAGUGGCCACACAGUUCCAGGAGGUGGAGGUGGAGGCUAACUCAGAGGACGCUGCUGGUGCCGACAGUGUGGAGGAGGGGCUGGCAAAGGAGCAGAGGCUGAGCUUGGGGACCCAGGAGCAGCUAAGCAACGGUGGUGAUGUCAAGUCGCCAGUCCUUCAAGGGAAAGCCCGGCAGGCCUCCCGGGUCUCACCUGCUAUUCAGGAUGAAGAUCCAGAGGAAGAGGAGGAAGAGGAGGAUGAUCAUUUCCUGACUCAGGGGCUGGUGACUUUUGAAGAUGUGGCUAUGUACUUCACUUUGGAGGAGUGGGAGAGGCUGGAUGUGGACCAGAGAGACCUAUACCGGGAAGUAAUGAAGGAGAACUAUGGGAUCCUGGUCUCUUUGGGAUACCCAAUUCCCAAGCCGGAUCUGAUCUUCCACCUCGAACAAGGAAAUGAACCUUGGGUCCCAGACAGCCCCCAUCCCGAGGAGGGAGACAUUGUCACUGGUGUCUACACAGGAGCCUGGUUCUGGAACGAUGACAUAGAGGACCAUGAGGAGGAAGACGACGAGGACUUCCUUGCUGAAAUGGCAGAGGAGGAGAACGAGCCCCCAGGGCUGUGGUCUGCUGCCUAUGGUGUGGGGGACGUGCCUGGGACUUGGGGUCCCGACGAUUCAGAUUCCGUUCAGACUCCAGACGGUUGGGGACCCAGCCCAGGCAGCCUCGGUAUCCUGGCUGAGGAGGUUGAAACUAAACAUUUCCUGUCUGGCCGGGAGCCUGGGGAGAAUUUUCUGGCGCCCUGGGGAUUUCCCGCAGCAGCUGUCCCCAUCGGAUGUCCGGAGACCACUUGCGACGUGUGCGGUAAAGUGUUCCUCCACCGUUCGCGCCUGGCCAAGCACCAGCGUUACCAUGCGGCGGUCAAGCCCUUCGGCUGCGAGGAGUGUGGCAAGGGUUUUGUGUACCGUUCGCACCUGGCCAUCCACCAGCGCACUCAUACCGGCGAGAAGCCCUUCCCGUGCUCUGACUGUGGCAAGCGCUUCGUCUACAAGUCGCACCUGGUCACGCACCGGCGCAUCCACACGGGCGAGCGGCCCUACCGCUGCGCCUUCUGCGGCGCAGGCUUCGGGCGGCGCUCCUACUUGGUAACCCACCAGCGUACGCACACGGGCGAAAGGCCCUACCCGUGCUUACACUGCGGCCGUAGCUUCAGCCAGAGCUCAGCGCUCGCUCGCCACCAGGCUGUGCACACCGCCGAUCGUCCUCACUGCUGCCCGGACUGCGGCCAGGCCUUCCGCCUGCGCGCUGACUUCCAGCGGCACCGGCGCAGCGGCUGCACGGAACCCAGCAGUGGCGAGGGUGCGGGGAUGGCUCCCCACGAGAUGGAGAUGGCAAUAGCAGCUGUAGCCACAGCGGAGCCGGAAGAACUGGAGGCCAGGCCCGAGGAAACCAAAGAGCCCGGGACUGAUGUGGCAGACGGAGACACAGAGGCUGAAGCCAGAGAGGACGAGGAGGUGGUAGCUGCGGCGGCAGAGGCGACGGUCCCCGACAGCAAGAAGGACCCUGAGCCAGACAGGCAGUUCCGUGAGAUGGGCAACGGCCUGAGUGGGGGCGAAGGGCCUUCCUCGCACACGCUCGGCUUCCAUUUUCCCAUGCACCCCAAGUCUUGGCUGCAUCCAGACAGCUUCCCCAUACUGGGGUUCCCCGAGUUCUCCGAACGGCUGCAGGUCGACGGGCGUCAUCUCUCCGGCCCCCUGGGCCCCCCGCUGUCCCUGGAGGGCGCGGGGCUGGCUUGUGACCCGUUCCGUAGCGCGGGCCCCGGAGUCGGGACGGAUGGUGGCUUGCGAGCGUUCGCGCCCACCGUGGGGUCGCUGCUGGCGGAGCCCGCGCCCGCCGCGAUGGCAGAGGAGGAGAGCCCGUGGAUCUGCUCCGACUGCGGCAAGACGUUCGGGCGGCGCGCGGCGCUAGCCAAGCACCAGCGCUACCAUGCGGGCGAGCGGCCGCACCGCUGCGCCGACUGCGGCAAAAGCUUCGUGUACGGCUCGCACCUGGCGCGCCACCGGCGCACGCACACGGGCGAGCGGCCAUUCCCGUGCCCGGAGUGCGGCGCUCGCUUCGCACGCGGCUCGCACCUGGCGGCGCACGUGCGCGGGCACACGGGCGAGAAGCCGUUCGUGUGCGGCGUGUGCGGGGCGGGCUUCAGCCGGCGCGCGCAUCUCACCGCGCACGGGCGCGCGCACACAGGCGAGCGGCCCUACGCGUGCGGCGAGUGCGGCCGACGCUUCGGGCAGAGCGCGGCGCUUACCCGGCACCAGUGGGCGCACGCCGAGGAGAAGCCGCACCGCUGCCCUGACUGCGGCAAGGGCUUCGGCCACAGCUCGGACUUCAAGCGGCACCGGCGCACGCACACGGGCGAGAAGCCGUUCCGCUGCGCCGACUGCGGCCGCGGCUUCGCGCAACGCUCCAACCUCGCCAAGCACCGACGCGGCCACACGGGCGAGCGGCCCUUUCCCUGCCCCGAGUGCGGCAAGCGUUUCUCCCAGCGGUCGGUGCUCGUGACGCACCAGCGCACGCACACGGGGGAGCGGCCGUACGCGUGUGCCAACUGCGGCCGGCGCUUCUCGCAGAGCUCGCAUCUGCUCACGCACAUGAAAACGCACCGUGGGCAGGCGGGCGCACAGAUGCAGAACACCGCCGCCAAGGCCCAGGCGCCUGCCAAGGCGACGCCGCCCCCUCCGCCACCGGGCUCGGGCACCGGGUCAGGAACGCUGCUCGAGUUCGCCGGCGGAACCAGCUUCGGCUCCGAUCCUGCCGCGUUCGCUGGGCCCUCGGGUGCCUAUGAGGAGAGCGUCUUGUGAGGCUGGUCGAAGCGCACGGAGCCCUCUCGCUCCUCGAGGCGGGCUGAGGAUUCCCAAUCUUGGGUGCUCUUGGGCCCUAACGCCCCGAGCUUCAGAUCUCGCUUGGGUGCGCACAGGCUGCCACCCUGAUCAGGAGCGCCCCAUCCCUGGAUCUGUGCUGCAGAGUUAGUGGGCAAAGCCAAUUCGUUCAUCACGGAUUCAGAUUCAGGUGUCCCGUAGGGCCAGUGGCUUAGGAGUCUGUCACUAGGCUUUCUGAGGAGUGAUGGAGAAGCCCUAUCAUUGGAGGAGGGUGAGAGAGGUCAUCCAGCUGCAUCCGGGUUUCUUGGAGGGUUUGGCUUCUUCCCAGUCUCCCUAGGAGUUUCAGGGACCCUCUUCCAGUCACUCGGGUGUGUCCAGUAAGUUUUAAGAACAUGGUUCAUGGCAGGCAGGAGCCUCACUAGGUUUUGGGGGGAUGGAGAUGUGAACAAGGGAAGCUUUUGUUGACUGGGUAUUUGUUUCCAUCUUUUGUAUGGCCUGAAAACUGGGGAGGUGUUGAAAAAGCAAGAUACCAAAAGCGUAGUCAGGUUGCGGGUGUUGGCUAGGUCCCCAGGGAGUUGGAAGCCUUAUUUGAGAAU